UAAUCUUUUCAGAUAUAUAUAAUCCAGACUCUAUUCCAUCUCCAACACAAAAACAACAUUUCCAUAGUCACUGUUUUCUAACAUUUGCACAUUCUGUUUCGACUAUGGCAGCUUCCAAUGAGGUGGUCACCGAUUUCUACCCUUUCUAUCGACUCUAUAAAGACGGUCGAGUAGAGCGUUUCUACGAACUUUAUGGUAUAACCGUAGUUCCACCAUCGCCAGAAGAUCCUGCCAUGGGUGUAUCAUCCAAAGACGUGAAUAUCUCCCCUCACGUCUCUGCCAGGCUCUACCUUCCAAAGAACACCACCGCCGAUCAAAAGCUGCCUGUCUUGGUUUAUUACCACGGCGGAGGACUUGUCUUGGGAUCCGCCUUCUUCAAAACGGAGCAUUGUUACCUCAACCAUUUGGUUUCUCAAUCAAACUGCAUCGCCAUCUCUGUAGAUUAUAGGCUUGCUCCAGAGAAUGACCUGCUGACACUUUACCAAGACUGUUGGGAUGCCCUUCAGUGGGUCGCUUCACACGCUGAUGCUACCACCAUUAACAAAGAACCAUGGAUAGAAAACCACGGUGAUUUUAGAAGAAUGUUCAUAGCAGGGGAUAGUGCCGGGGGAAAUAUAGUCUAUAACAUAGUCAUGAGAGUCGGUAGAGAAAGCUUGAUUGGAGAUGUGAAACUCUCAGGUGCCAUCUUUGCUUUUCCUUUCUUGUUGUUCCCAUCGCUUGAAAACAUCGAGCAUGCUUUAAGUUACAAGCUUUGGAAUACCAUUUGUCCCCCGUCUGAACGGGGUAUUAAUAGCCCAAUGGUUAAUCCAGUUGCUGAAAAGAGCCCGAGCUUAUCAAAAUUAGGGUGCUCGAGACUUUUCGUGUGUACGGGGGAGAAAGAUGAGCUCGUACCAAAAGAAAUUGGAACUCGAUUUGUUGAAGUUGUGAAGGAAAGUGGGUGGAAAGGAGAGAUAGAGUUCAUUGAAGUUAAAGGUGAAGGUCACUGCUUUCAGGCUGCUAAUCCUGAAGCUGAGAAAGCUAAAGAUCUGAUUAACCGCAUGGCUUCUUUCAUCCAACACAAGUGAUUAGAGUUCUACAAUUAUGUGUCCUAGGAAAUAUUAUUGUUGAAUCUUCUAAUCUUAUAUUAGCGAUGAGUAAUAUUUGCAAUAAACAUAUUUAAGAGUGGAUAUUUGCCAUCUAUUUUGCUCUACAAAUAUAUAUUAAGGGGUGAAUAUUCUAUCGAAA